AACAUUCAUCUGAGAGUCAUAUUCUGAGAUAGACACAUUAACAAAUUUUGUAACAUUCAAGCGGAGGAAAUAACAAAAUGAAGUUGUUCGUAUGUAUGUGUGCUUUGUUUGCUGUGGCUAAUGCUGGCUUUUUGGGAAUCUUAGGAGGUGGCGGCGGCGGUGGUGGUGGUGCCUCCAUUAGCCAUGGUCACGGACAUGAUCAUGGACACGAUCAUGGUCAUGGUGGCGGUUAUAUUAGCGAAUCUUAUCACAGUCAUUAUGAACACGAUCAUGGCCACAGCGCUCCCGACAAAAUUAUAAAAGUGAAAUUUGUCAAUGAAGAACAUGGACAUGGUGGUGAUAGUUAUGGCCCUGGUCCAGCUGCUGCUCCUCAAAUUAUUAAAGUCAUCCACCAAGAAUCAUCUAGUCAUGGUGGUUAUGGUCAUGGUCAUGGUCCAGCUCCUGCUCCCCAAGUCGUUAAGGUUAUUCACCAAGAAGCUGCUCCAGCAGUAGGUCACGGUGGUCAUGGUCAUGCUUCUGCUCCUCAGGUUAUUAAAGUAAUUCAUCAAGAAUCUGCUGCUUCUCACAGUCAUGGUGGUCAUGGUGCUCAUGCUGCCGCUCCUCAAGUCAUUAAUGUUAUUCACCAACAAGCUGAAUCCUCUGCUGCUUCCUCAGCUGGUGGUUACAAUUAUGGCCCAGCCCCUGCACCUGCUGCUCCUGCUCCUCAAGUAAUUAAUGUUGUUCAUCAUCAUGAACAACACCAUGCUGGAUCUUCUUCUGGUUCCUUGGGUUCUGCACCCGGACCUGUUUCGGCUCCUGCUAAAAUCAUUAAGGUCAUCCAUCAAAAUGCUGUUUCUAGCGGUGCUGCUGUUCAACAACAAGCCAGUGCUCCAGCUAAAGUUAUUCGUGUGAUUCAUGAGCAAGUGCAAACUCAAUCUUCAGCUCAAGCCUCCGGUUCUUUCCCAAGUGCCUCUGUAGCUGCCCCCGAAAACACUUACUUGCCUCCCGUACAAGCUCCAGCUCCUGCUUUCAACCCUGUGCCACAAUACACUGCUCCAGCACCCCAAUACACAGCUCCCGCUGCUCCACAACACAGUGCCCCAGCUCCUCAAUACAGUGCUCCUACUGCUCAAUAUCUUCCUCCCGCACCACAAUAUAGUGCACCAGCCCCCACCUUCACCGCUCCUGAGCCUGUUCCAAGCGUUCAUGUUCCCGCUCAAUCUUAUGGACCUCCCCAUUAUUAA